GCGGCGCAGUUAAAUGACGACUUAUGCGUAUUGCUGUUGUUUGCAUCUAAUGGAAAUGGUGAUGAUAAUAAUGACAGAAGUUCGGAAAGAAUGACCAGCUGGCGAUCUGUAGAUUGUUUCGAUCAGACUCCCAUUUAUGAUGUGCGACCGGCCGAUUACUUUAAGGCUCGCCUCUGUCAGAAGCAGAAUCUCGCUAAUUGCUCUGCAGCAUCUGAAAUAAUUGUUAUCGAAAAGGGCAAAAGCACUACCAGAAGUCAUAUUGAUGAAGCAAACAAGCAGCAAAGAAGACACGAUGCAUUCAACAUUUCUUUCCAGAAGAACGAAACGCCAUUUCCACCAGAAGAUUAA